AUGCAGCCGCGGCCGUACCAGCAAGAAUGCGUGCAGAAGAUCAAAGCUGGAAAUACCAUCGUCAGCUUGCCUACAGGAGCAGGCAAAACCCUGGUGGCCGUGCUGGGCAUCGACUUCUUCCUUAGCCGCCCGGGCGCCAAGAAGGUGAUGUUCGUUGUCCCCACCACCGUGCUCGUGAAGCAGCAGGCUCAGUACUGCCGGGAGCGCUGUGAGACGCGGUGGAGCGUCGCCGAACUCUCGGGGACGAAGAUGGAUGCAUGGACCCAGCAGGAAUGGAGCAGGUGCUUGAAGGACAAUGUGGUGCUCGUUGGCACGCCGGAGGUCUUCCGUCGAGCUCUCGUGGACUGUGGCUUCAUCCAGGUGCUGGACUUUUCACUUAUCAUCUUCGAUGAGUGCCACAAUGCCACGGGGAACUCACCCAUGGCUGGUAUCAUGCGCGAUGCCGUCUGGAAAGUGGCAUCGCAGCGCGACUGCCCCAGAAUUCUCGGGCUCACGGCGAGUUUUGUGAACGGUGCACUGAAGAACGUGGAGCAGAAGCGGAAAGAUUUGGAGACAUUGCUUCAAUCUUCGCUCUUCUGCCCCGACGUGCCGGAAGAAUUUGCAGCUGGUGGGGCGGCCGGUUCCUUAAGCAAGGAGAAGUUUCAGACGGUGAAAUGGCUGGACGACAUCCCUGCAAACUGCGCAGAGCUUGUAAGCGCCAAGCUCACGACGCUGCUGGAUCGAUUUCAGGCUGCUUACCGCAUGCCCGUGAAGGACCUGAAGAAGACGGUGAACCAGACGCGCCACGUGUUCGAGGAGUUGGGAAUGGCAGCCUUUUGCUAUGCUCUGCGAGAUUGCAUCGUUCCGCAACUGGAGGCCCAUGCAGAAGCUCUGGACGCCAUGGGCGGUUCUAGCCAGCAGAAGGAGGUCUUAAAGCAUCAGCUGCCUCAGCUUCGACGCCAGAUGCAGGAGGCGGCUGACACCCUCAGGGCCGACGGGCAGCUUACCCAGACCCCCUCGAUCUCAGGGAAGGCUGCUGCGCUUUUGCAGCUGUUGGAGACCCUUUUCCAGGGCGAGGACGGUCGUGGCGAUUUUCGGGGCAUCGUGUUUGUCACGCAAGUGGCGCUCACCAUGCCACUAGCUCAUUUGUUGACGGAGCAUUUCGGGAAGAACUACGCAGUUGUGAGGGCCGGAGCAGUUUCUGGCACGCAGUCGAUGGCCGAUGCUAAGCGAGACCAGGAGAUGGAGAGGUUCCGCAAAGGAGAGCUCAACGUGCUGAUCUGCACCAGUGCUUUGGAGGAGGGAGUUGACGUGUCGGAUUGCGCCUUCGUGAUCCGCUUCAACCGCUUUUCCACGACGAAAAGCCACAUUCAGGGUGCCGGAAGAGCCCGGCGAAGCGAUGCGAAGAUCUUUUACUUCGAUAACGACCCCCACGAGGAGGAGGGGAGAGCAAAGCUGUUGGCAGAGGUGGCGAAGGACAACUCUCUUCGUUUGACGGAAGCCGAGCGCAGCGAGCGUCGACAAGAAGCCACCUUUGCUGUGCCAGGCGUCUACCCUUUCUACCCCUCGAAUGCUGGCACGAAGGCUGAGGUGAACCUUUACAAUUGCCUGCAAAUGGUGUACGAGUAUUGCGCCAAGACGAUGGGCCAGUCGUUAAAUCCAGAAGAUCUCUUUACCUACGAUGAGAAGGUGAUAUGCGACUACCCGCGACAGGUCCGGAAGUUUAUCACGGAGGUGAAGUACCCCUCGCCCGACGGCUUUCUGAAGGUGACCUUGGAGAAGGUGAACGGCCGUUGGGGCGACACAAAGCUGGAGACGGUGCUGGAUCCGAAUCGAAGCAAGAACAUGAAGCAGGACGACAAGGACAAGCGGCGAUUUCUGUAUGUCGUCGCGAUCGAGAUGCAUGAGCGCGGGCUUCUGGAUGGCAACAACCAGCCCUCCGGCAAGGCCGUCCAUGGCAACAAGCUCGCUUGCGAGGCUUUCACAAUGAAUCCAGGCCUUCGGCUGAGUACCGCCAGCUAUGGCAAGCCGGCCCCAGCAACGCCGUCUCCGAGCCCUGCCCCUGCGACACCUGCGGCCCCGGCGGCGUUGCUGGAGGAGAAUUUCAAGAGUCGGCUGAAUGAGUGGGCGACGAAAAAGUGGCGCCAGCCGGCGCCAGAGUUGCUGAAGUAUGACAGUGAAACCACCUCACUGGGCUUCGUGGCCACGGUACAGCUGCUCAAGACUGGCUUGGAGGUCAAAGGCACAGCGCACCCCAAGAAGAAGGAUGCCGAGCAGUCAGCUGCUGCUGCGGCCUUGGCGAUCUUGGCUUGA